UAUGAAAUAUAUUCUUGCUCUAUUAUUUGUUGCUAUUACAUAUGCUGGAAAUUGUGGACAAACAUGUUGUCAAGAUUUACCAAAAAGAUCUCCAAUGACAUUCUAUUAUUUUAUCAAUACUGGAAGAUUCUUUGGAGGAAGUGGUGAUUCAUCAAUUAGUACUUUUGGAUAUUCUGGAGCUGGAAAAGUAUUUAUUAUUUAAAUUCAUGAUUAGUAUAGAAAUGACCCUACUGCUUAAUGUUUAAAAAAUUAAGGACCUGCACCUUCAAAUACAUAUACAAUAAAAACAUGUUAAAAUACUAUGCAUUCUCCUCCAGUUGACAGACCUUGUUCUUUUUGGAUAGAUGGAAAUGAUUAAGAUAAAAUGUGUGGAAGAACAGAAAUCAUGAUUCAUGGAUGUGCUUGUUGUACACCAAGUGAUUGGAGUGUACCCCCAAUUGAUGGAUGUUCUGCAGGGUAUUAUUAAUUAAUUAUUCAUUUAGAUGUAUUAUCAUUAAUGAAGAGAACAGAAAAAAACUUAGAGUUGGAGAUACUCUUAUUGUUUAGGAUUAUGAUCCUUUAAGUGAGAAUAUCUAAUUAGAUGACAUCAUCAUAGAUAAAGAAAUUAUGUAUGAAUGAA